UUUUCGAAGACUACUUGGCCUGCGCCUACUUGGUCGCGCCUACUUGGGCCGUACUCAGUUUUUUUUUCAUUUUUGUAAUGUACUGUGGAAUUUUAGAGAAUUUUUUCAUUUAAUACUUUUGGAUUCUGGUCGAAAUUAUAAUUUCUGGUACUAACUCUAGAACUUUUUCUGAAGUUUUAUUUCCUCAAAAGGGUUAAUGAUAUAAGUUAAUAGUAAAAUAUCGUCUUAUUUGCUACUAAUUAUCCACAUACAUAUUUAGAUAAAUAUUUUAGUUUAAAUAAAAAAUUAAAAAAUGGCUGAUGAUUUUGCACCGCCCGCAGAUGGUUUUGCACCCGCUGAGGAUAAUUGGGCCACGGAAGAUGUUGCUGGUGGACAAGGGGAUAUGCAAAUGACUACAAUUGAUUUUCCUGAAAUUAAAUUGUUUGGUAAAUGGUCUUUGAGCGAUAUCGAAGUUAAUGAUGCUUCUUUAGUGGAUUAUAUUGCUGUUAAAGACAAAUAUGCCAAAUAUUUGCCACACAGUGCUGGUCGUUAUCAAAUCAAGCGUUUUCGAAAGGCGCAUUGUCCGAUUGUUGAACGUUUGGUUUGUUCGAUGAUGAUGCAUGGACGUAAUAAUGGUAAAAAGUUAAUGGCUGUUCGGAUUGUGAAGCACGCUUUUGAGAUUAUACAUAUUUUAACUGGAGAGAAUCCAGUUCAAAUACUUGUUGGUGCUGUUAUCAAUGGAGGACCACGGGAGGAUUCUACUCGUAUAGGUCGUGCUGGAACUGUUCGUCGUCAAGCUGUUGAUGUUUCGCCUCUUCGUCGUGUUAAUCAGGCGAUUUGGCUUUUAUGUACUGGGUCUCGUGAAGCUUCUUUCCGUAAUAUCAAAACAAUUGCUGAAUGUUUGGCUGAUGAGUUAAUUAACGCGGCAAAAGGUUCGAGCAAUUCAUAUGCUAUCAAGAAGAAGGACGAAUUGGAGCGAGUUGCAAAAUCUAACCGUUAA